CAGGAUGGCAAGCUAGUAGAGAUCUGCCGGCACUUCCCGCCUUUCUCCGACGCGGGCAAGAUCAUUUGGGUGGGCAGGUCUGCCCCCGAGGAAGACGGGGGGAUCCGUGGCUGGUUGGGCGAGAUGAAGGACGUGCAUAUCCUGAAUCGCAGUGAGUGCAUCGAGAAUGUGAUCGGCCGAAGUUCCAGCCCCAAAGUGGAGAGUGCCCGCCGCUUGCAGCAAAAUGGCUCCAGAAGAUCGCUGCUGUUCACCGACGAUCGGGCAGGGGGAUCAGCUUUCUCCGAGGGCGUGUCCGCCGACUUCUUCAAGGCCGUCGACGCGAACAGCGACGGGACUAUCGACUUCGGGGAGUGCGCCUACAGCCUCGACGAGGCGACCGGGCUGAGCCCGACGACUACCGCCACGAAGACCACCACUAUUACCACGAAGACCAUUACCAUCACCACCGCCACGAGCACGACGGUAACAGCGUCCACGAACACGGCGCAGACCAGCAUCAGCGCGACGGUCACGGAGACCACGGCAACCAUGACCAGCAGCAGCGGCACGGCUACGUUUCCGCUGUCCACCCGACCUGCGCAAGCUAAGAACCAAACCCCGCUGCCCUCCGCCAGGUCGUGGAAAUCCGACGGUGUGGUCGCGGUCAGCGCGAACGGGAGCGGUGCGAUCGCGCUGGGCCCCGCAGGAGACCUCGGGCUCUGCGGCGGCUCGUUCUCCGUGGCGCUGGAGCUCUGGCGCGACGCGGCGCAGAAAGACUCGCCAGAUGCUGCCUACACGAUCCUGGGAGCUCCCGAGGACGACUCUUUCGAGGCCGUGCUCUGGAACGGUUCGCUGGGCGCGAGCUUCCUCGGCACCCGGUGCAGCUCCAGGGUCGCGGUCCCGAAGGAGCGGUGGGUGGACGUCAUCUUCUUGUACGACGCUGGCAAGCAAGAGCUCCACAUCUUCCAGGAGGGAAAGCCGGUGCACAAUUGCUCUCGGAUGGAUCCGUUCGAGGGCAAGACAACCGCCAUCUGGCUGGGGAGGUCUGCGCCAGACGACAAGGCCGGCGUGGCACCAUGGCGUGGCGCCUUCCGCAGCGUGGAGAUCAGCGAGGGGCUGCCCACGCCCGUGGGCCGGGCCGGCGGUGCAGGGCCCUCCCCGGCUGGCGCGGCGCUGGGCGAGCCUGCCGCCAGCGAGCCGCCAGAGGGUGCCGAGGACACCGUGGUGCCGUUGCCCUCUGCGCACGUCGGGCCGUCCACCAGCGAGCCGCCAGAGGGCACAGUGGCGUCGCGGGAUCUCACGACCGUCGGGCCGUCCACCAGCGAGCCGCCAAGGGGUACCGUGAUGUCGCGGCCCUCUGCGACCGUCGGGCCGUCCACCAGCGAGCCGCCAAAGGGCACAGUGGUAUCACGGGAUUUCACAACCGUCGGGCCGUCCACCAGUGAGCCACCAACGUCUAGGACAUCAACGAGCUCUGCGGUCCUCACACCGUCCACGAAGCACCUGCAGGCGACCGUGGGCCCCACCAGUGCUCAGUCAAGCUCGAGCUCAUCGGAAAGGUCGUCUUCUUCCUCGAGUGCAAGCACUACCGCGUCGACUGCAGCAACAAAGGCCACGGCCACGACCAUGGCAAAGACCACGGCUGAGACCAAGGCCCAGACCACGACCACGACCAUGGCCACGACCAAGGCCUCGACCGUGGCCACGAUCAAGGCCCAGACCGAGACCACCAUAGCCACGACCACGGCUCCGACCGAGGCCACGACCGCAGAGGCAACUCGGCCAACGACCGCCGCCGUCGAGACCUCCAAGGCCCCGACCGAGGCCACGACCGAGUCCACCACAGCCAUGACCAAGGCCACGACCGCGGCCACGACCGCAGAGGUAACUCAGCCCACGACCGCCGCCAUCGAGUCCAGCAGGCCGGUGGAGGUCGCCGCAGCCAGCACCUCGGUUGCGGAGGCGCCCUCUCAGCCGGCCUCCUCGGCGACCACGAGCUCCACCCCGCUGACGCUCAGCGUCCCGGCCCCGGCCGAGACGCCCCCUGCCCCGAGUGGCCCGGCGAUGCCGCCACCAUGGCCCGUCGAGGCUGAGGCGUCUACGAGCCGCGCCGCGAGCACCACGACGAGCGCCACGACCACGGCGACCGUCCCCGUGAUGAACUUGGCGGGGGGGGGCCGACUCGGCGACCGCCGUUUUACGCGUACCCCUGCUGACCCUCCGGCCCC